AUGGGCCCCACAAUCGCCUACUCAUUGCUGACAGUCUAUCGCUGUAUGAAUGGGUGGUUUGCUUUGAAAGUGGGAACCAAUGGUAUCGGACGUACUCUAUGCCCGACACUGACCACAAGUAGUCAACCAAUUGAGACAAUGUUCUGGCAGUUUGACACCGGAUUUGUCUCACAAAUCGAUGCCCUCCUCGACAAAGAGUCCGUCUCCCUUCAGGAGCUGAUGGAAGAGGAGGACAUUCUUCAGGAGUGCAAAUCCCAGAAUCCAAAACUGAUUCAAUUCAUAACUCGUCGAUCAGUGGUGGAAGAGAUGGUAACGUUGAUCACAAGUGAGCCGCCGAUUGACUUGAAUGAGAGGAUCCGUUAUAAAUACGCGAACAUCGCGUGUGAGAUAAUGACCAGUGAUGUGAAUGUAAUCGUUGAUGCCUUAGUGAUGGACGACUCGAUGCUCACCAAACUGUACGCUUUCAUAGACACGGACCGACCCCUCAACCCAUUAUUGGCCACUCUGGAGUCGUGGCUCUACGAAAACGAUUUAAUUAAGAAAUUAUUGUUUAUAUUCAAAACCAAUUGUUUGCCUCAAAGGCAUAUAAACGCCGCGCAACUCAUUUGUGACAUAAUUAAGACAACCCGUGAACACCAAUCCCUUCUUCAAGAUAAAGUCGAUUCCGAUUUAUUGCUCGAUUCACUCGAAUCGACUGAAAUUGUAAGCGAAUUAUUAGAGAAUAUGUUUACAUCUCGAGCAGAGAGCAGUCUUGUGAGUGGGCUUUCGGGAGUUUGUUUACAGGGCGUUUUGAGACUUAAACUUCCUUACGGAGUUAGCUAUGGACAGCAAAUGGGGAACAGAACUGACAUUAAUGGUUGCGAACAGAUCACAGCUCUCGAUACGGAACGGUUGACCAAAUGUAUACGACAAGUGGAGGCAGCGAUUCUGCCACGACUUGACGACUUUUCAUCACUUCUGGACAAUCCUCCGCCACAACAACCAAUCAGAACAACUGUCGGACUCAUUGAGAAGCCAUUGGGAGUGACACGACUAGAAGUGGCUCAUCUCAUCACCGCUCUCCUCAACACUAAUAACCAAGAAAUAAGUGACAAAUUGCUGCAAAUGAAUACAUUGCCUCUUCUUCUUAAUUUAUUCUUUGACUAUCCGUGGAAUAACUUUCUCCACAAACAAGUCGAGCAAAUGAUUGCUUGUAUUUUGAAUAACAAUUCCAAUUCUGAUCCCAAUUGCAAUGAAUUGCCUUCAGAUUGUGAUGAAUCGAUAUCAUCGGCUACUAAUAUCCCGGCUUUAGUCAAACAACUGUUAACUCAGUGCCAACUCAUUGAAAGAAUGUGUGAUGCUUUUGAAGACAGCAAUACAUCCAACAGCGAGAGCCAGACGACAGAAUUAAAGCCUAUUUACACACCAAAACCUGGAUAUUUGGGAGAGCAGAACGAAAUGCCAAAUUCUGUGGCUAUGGAUGAAGAGUCUCUCCGACAACAGGAAAGCACUCUUCAACAGGCAUUCAUUGAAUACCAAAUGCAACAAAUGACACGAAAUCUUUGCACACAAAUUGCAUUCGCGGCCAACGAAUUCACUGAAGUUAACGAAAGCAUUCCCUCUCAAAUAGAUUCGCUCUCAAGAAUUAACUUCAACUUUGAGAACCAAUUGCAACAAAAGGACAAUAGUUUAGAGUUUGAGAAACUAUGUACUGAAAGAGCGAAGACAAGUCUGGAU